AUGGCUAAGUUGCAGAACUCAACAACAUGGUUGGUAAUCAUCCUCAGCACUCUUUUGGUGCACGCCAUGGGCCAAGCUUGGGAGCCCGGAUCCGCCACAUUUUACGGUGACAUGACUGGAAAAGAAACCAUGCAGGGCGCUUGUGGAUAUGGUGAUCUCAUCCAACAAGGCUAUGGCCUCGAGACAGCAGCUCUGAGCACAGCACUGUUUAACAAUGGAUUAACUUGUGGUGCUUGCUUUGAGAUUAUGUGUUUCAACUCUACAGAAUGGUGCAUCCCUAAUGCUGGCACUAUCAAAAUCACUGGAACAAACUUUUGUCCUCCAAACUACGAUCCACAUUUCUAUCCCUGGUGCAACCCCCCAAGAAAACACUUUGACUUGUCCAUGCCGAUGUUCACUAAAAUUGCUCAAGCCAAAGCUGGGAUUAUUGGAGUACAGUUCCGUAGAGUCCCAUGUGUUAAGACAGGAGGGGUUAGGUUUCAGCUCGGCGGAAACCCUAAUUUCGUUACUGCAGUUCUUUUGAAUGUUGCUGGUGCUGGAGAUGUUAUCGCCUUAAGUGUCAAAACGCCUACUUCUAAUUGGCUCCCAAUGUUGCGUAACUGGGGACAAGUUUGGAAUAUCGGAGGAGGUACCCCCCUGGUUGGGCAAAUUUUAUCGUUCCAAGUCACUACUAGUGAUAAGAAGACGCUUACGUUCAAUAACGUUGCACCAGGAAACUGGCAGUUUGGGCAAACAUAUGAAGCAUCAGGCAAUUUUUAA